AUGCCAACAUAUUCAGGAAUUGCAACAUUUUCUGGACAAAUUCUUCAUUCACAGCUAUAUCGAAAAGCUUCAGAUUUUUCUGACAAAAGAGUUUUGGUAAUUAGCAUAGGAAAUACAGGAAGUGAAAUUGCAGUAGAACUGACAACACAAGCUAAACAGGUCUACGCAAGCACAAGAAAUGGGAAAUGGUUUGCGAAGAGAUUAACUCCUGUAGAUGGAACAGUUGCAAAUGACAUUGACGUUGUCAUAUUUGCAACUGGAUAUGAAAUAGAUUAUCCAUUCUUGGAGAAAUCAAUGCUAAAAAUGAAAGAUGGUAAACUGUUUGCUUACAAGCACAUGUUUCCUCCUGAGUUGAUUGACCAAAAUUUUGUUAUAAUUGGUUGCAUUCAUGUGUUUGGACCGGCACCUCCACUGCAUGAGAGUCAGUGUCGUCUGGCUACUCGAUUGUUCAAGGGCCUAGUAAAGUUACCCCCAAAAGAAGUGAUGCUUGAAGAGAUCAAUGCAACACUUGACACCCAACAAAAUGUUGAUGCAAUACGUUAUCAGGAUGCGUUGUGUGAGUUCAUUGGUUGUAAACCAAACCUAUGUCAUCUGCUCUUAUCAGAUCCAUACCUUGGACUGAAUGCCAUUGUUGGCCCUUGUACUCCCUAUCAAUUCCUUCUCCCGAUUUGCAUGAGACGCUUAAGUGUAAGGCCAACUUCCUCCUCCAGACCCCCAGGAACUUCUGGCUGCUCUUCCUCCUCCUCACUGGCAGACAUAGUCAUCACCCGCAAUUCCUCGUCAUUCGUCAUACUAUUUUUCUCUCCCUCUCUAUCCUAUCUGUCUAUCUAUAUCUAUCUAUCUAUCUCUAUCUAUAUCUAUCUAUCUCUAUCUAUCUAUAUCUAUCUAUAUCUAUAUAUGGGCCUAGUAAAGUUACCCCCAAAAGAAGAAAUCCUUGAAGAGAUCAAUGCAACACUUGACACCCAACGGAGUGUUGAUGUCAUAGGCUAUCAGGAUGCAUUGUGUGAGUUCAUUGGUUGUAAACCAAAUAUAUGUCAUCUGCUCUUAUCAGAUCCAUACCUUGGAUUGAAUGCCAUUUUUGGCCCUUGUACUCCCUAUCAAUUCCGUUUGACUGGCCCUGGAAAAUGGGCAGGAGCAAGAUCUGCCAUACUUGAUCAAUGGAAACGAAUGCAUUACCCGACAAACAAACACCUGAAAUCAAAUCUAUCACCAUGGAUAAAAGACUUUCUAAUUACAUUUGUUAUAUUUUUUGUGCUGAUUCAAAUUUUUGUCAUUGGAAUAUUCCUGUCAAAAUAA